CGAAACAUUCGCCAAGCAACAAUGUCGGACUUACCGCCGGAAAUAGUCGCCGACAUUCUGUCUCGAGUUCCGACACAGCAUCUGCUACGAUUCCGGUGCGUAUCAAAAUCAUGGCGUUCGAUAAUCGACGAUCCAGACUUCAUGAAUACGCAUCUGAAUCGAACCAUCCGAACCAACUCCGAUCGGAAGUCUAUUCUCUGCUCAUUGAAUCGCUACUUGCGCGGACUUCGAUGAGGUUGAAAAGACGAAUACAGCCGUAUAUACGGAGAUUGACCGGAAGUAUUUUGGGUAUUUUGGGGUCUUGCCACUGGCUGCUGUGUUUGGAUAAUGGCGAUGAAGAUAGUAUUGUGUUGUGGAACCCUACAACCUGGAAAUACCUCAUAUCACCCCUCUCGGGGUCUAAAAUUUCCAGGGAUCAGAAUGUGCUUUAUGGAUUUGGGUAUGAUAAUGUGAGUGAUGAUUACAAGGUAUUGAGAAUAGCAGAGUCUUAUGACUGUGAGAGUGAAGUGAAAGUUUUUAGUGUGAAAUCCAACUCUUGGAGGAAAAUUCAUUGUUUUCCUCAUUAUCUGAAAUAUGAAAGAGCCCAUGGAGUACAGGCUACAGGUGCUUUGCAUUGGGUUUAGGGUUUAGGGUUUAGGAAGCCAGAUUCAGAAAUGGAAAAUUUGCUUGCAGCUUUUGAUCUUAGGACUGAGGGGUAUAGGCUGUUUCCUGAGCCCAAUUAUUUCGAAGAAAGAGUUCAUGUGAC